AUGUCUGCCACCACCAUCGCGCAUCACGGCUGGUUAAGAGGACUUUCUUCUCUUUGGACCUAUCCAAAAAAAUUUUCACAGUCUCAAUCUCACCUUCGUCUCUCUAACAAGUCUAAAAUUCCGAGCCUUCAUCACUUCAUUGCUCAAGUUACAAUCACCGCCUCCGAUAUGCAUUAUGGCGACGUCAUCGUCGUGUUUGCUAUUUUUUGUGGAAAGGAAGAACAAAAUAUCCAGUUUGACAUCAAGAGUCACGGGUCUAGGAUAGACACUGGUUCAAUCACUUUAGUUGUGAAUGCCUGUGCAAGCAGGGAUCUACAUGAGAAUGUCGUGGGGGUAUGUUUUGUGGCCCAAGAUAUUACCAACCAGAAGAUCAUCAUGGACAAGUUUACCCGAAUUGAAGGUGAUUACAGAGCUAUUGUACAGAACCCAAACCCAUUGAUUCCCCCAAUAUUUGGCACGGAUGAAUUUGGAUGGUGCUCUGAGUGGAACUCAGCCAUGACAAAGUUAACAGGUUGGCAACGGGAGGAGGUGAUGGAGAAAAUGCUUUUGGGGGAGGUUUUUGGGACUCAUACAGCAUGCUGCCGACUCAAGAAUCAAGAGGCUUUUGUGAAACUUGGGAUUGUACUAAACAAUGCUAUGACUGGUCAAGAAUCGGAAAAGAUGCCUUUUGGUUUCUAUGCACAGAGUGGGAAGUACAUAGAAUGCCUGCUCUGUGUGAGCAAGAAAUUAGAUAGCGAAGGCGCAAUCACUGGGGUCUUUUGCUUCUUACAACUUGCAAGUCAGGAGUUGCAACAAGCACUUCAUUUUCAACGGCUGUCAGAGCAGUCAGCAGUGCAGAGAUUGAAAGCAUUAACUUACAUACGGAGGCAGAUCAGGAAUCCUCUGUCUGGGAUUAUAUUUUCUCGGAAGCAGUUGGAAGCAACCAACUUGGGAGAGGAACAGAACCAGCUUCUGCAUACUAGUGCCCAGUGCCAGCGUCAGCUGAACAAAAUUCUUGAUGAUACAGAUCUUGAUUGCAUAAGUGACGGGUACUUGGAUUUGGAGAUGGUGGAGUUUACGCUGCAUGAUGUAUUGGUUGCAUCCAUUAGUCAAGUGAUGAUGAUAAGCAAUAGAAAGGGUAUUCAACUAAUUAAUGAUGUGGCGGAAAAUAUCAUGUUUGAAACCUUGUAUGGAGACAGCCUCAGGCUUCAACAAAUCCUAGCUGAUUUUUUGCUGAUAUCAGUGAAUUUUACUCCAAAUGGAAGCCGGCUCUGUGUUGCUGCUAGUUUGACCAAAGAUCGUCUAGGAGAAUUAGUUCAGCUUGCGCAUAUGGAAUUCAGGAUUACACACACAGGAGGUGGGGUACCGGAAGAGUUGUUGAGCCAGAUGUUUGGAAACAAUACAGAUGCUUCUGAGGAGGGCAUCAGCUUGUUUAUCAGCAGAAAACUAGUGAAGCUCAUGAAUGGAGAUGUUCAGUAUCUGAGGGAGGCAGGCAAAUCGACUUUCAUCAUAUCUGUUGAGCUUGCUACGGCUAGUAAGCCCCCAACGUAAUCAUGAUUCUCAAUCUGUUCCGCUGUCAAGGAGGACUGGGAGUUUAAUGCUUGUACCAUCAUAAACUAUGGUUGCAUGUUUUCUUUGGAACCUUUGUGUUGUAAAUAUUCAAAAUGUUCUGUGUUUCUUUGACUAUGUUCCGACAGCCGUUGGAUUGGCAUUGUUUGUUGCUUUCUGUUUUGAGCCAUAAAUAUGCAAAUUUCAAUGAAAU